AUGGAGUCACACGAAUCCGUACCUGCGUCUGCGUCUGCGCUGACACCCGCAGCUGCAGCGGCAGCGCCCCCGUCUGCUGCUCAUGAGGCAGCCAUCCGAGAAGAGUCCAGGGUCUACCUGCAGUCGCUUCUCAAUAAGCAUCUACUUGUGCACACGACAGACGGCCGCAUGUUCCGUGGCGAGUUCAAGUGCACCGAUCCCGAUUGUAACAUCGUGCUGGCGCAUGCAACCGAGUACCGGCAGCCGACGGCCCGGCAGCGGGCCCAGUACGCUGCACAGCAGGCCGCGGCGGGUCAGAGCAGCAGGGCCGUGAUGAACAUGACGUCGCGGUACCUGGGGCUGAUUGUUACGCCGGGGCACCAUAUUGUGAAGAUUGAGGUGGAAGAGUUUACGAGCCAAUUGAAGCGGCCACCAAGGCCGUUUUGA